CAUUUUGACCACUUUUGCUCUAGCAGGGAGAAUGAUCUCUUUGAUCUUUGAUUAAGAAGAAGACGUGUUUUAGGUUAGACUGGGUAUCAGCCUUGUGAUCCAUUACUCCUUGCUGGAUUUAUUAAAAUUGUGUUGAUGUACUUUAGCCUGUGAGGAAGAUCAGCUUCAGAGGAAGAAAAUCGAACAAAAUGGGUGAAGGGAAUUCAACACCAAAGCCUCCAGAAGACUUUGAAGAAUCAGACUUUGAUGAACCAUGGAGAAAAGUGGACUGGAAGAUUUUUCAACCACGAUUCAGUUAAAUGAAUAAAAAAUGUGAGGAUGGGAGUCCACACCAGCUUAUGUACCUCCACCAACUCCACCAGAUGGAGACGUGCAGGAAUCUGCUGGGUAUUCCAGUGAACCACAUCUUCCCUGUUAAAAACUACCAUGAGGAGAUGGACACAGACGAUGACAUGGAUGCUCUGAUUCUCAAAGCACUGGAUCAGAUCAUGAGCGUCGCCUGUGACGCACUGAGAAAAAAAAAAAGACAUCUCUGACCUCUGGUGAAAAAUCUGACCUUACGUAUGUAUAGGGCGGGAUCAACCAAGAUGAGCCUUGUGAUUUGUUUCUAAGCGUGACGUACCGAGAACGCCGCCAUAGCGACUGUGGUCCUGCUUCUGAAUCAGGGGUUUUAGGAGGAAGUGUUCGAGACAUCGCUGCCAUGCUAGAAAUGUCCACAUUAGGAGGCAGAGCCAAAGGAGCUAGCAGGAAUUACUUACAGGCGAGCCCGGACAUCCUCAGAUGAAACCAUGACUCUCUGAGUUCAGACGAAGAGAUCCAGAGUCGCCAUCACACCAUCAGCGGCCCCUUAACUGACUACGAGAUCCCCAUUGCACAGCAAGAGGGCACAGAACAAGGCGAAGUUACCAAAUCUCUGCGAAUUACUGAUGAACCAAUGGAAACACUCCCUGAGAGACCAACCCCAGAGCCCCGCCCCCGCUCCAUGCUCACUCAAGAAGAGUGGUCACGUGUGGAUGCCACGGCAACCUUGAGGAGGCCCCGCACACCUCACGACUCGAGCAGCGAGAGGGUCCAGCUCAACGAGACCAGCACUGUGAGACGACGGCCAAAAGUAAUAGCACCCACUCAGAGGGAUGAUGCGACAGAUGCCGCUAUUCGUGUAAGACCUGUAUCAGAGGUGGAACAUGUAUAUCGGGAAAGUGAUAUGAGCGAGGAUUUCCGGCGAGCGCUGAAGCCUCCAGUUUCCCCCAAACCAUCUCUGGGCCUCAGGAAGCCUGAGCCUCCCACCCCAACCAGGAGAGUCCCACUUCCAGGACCGGAGAACCAACACAGCACAGUGGAGGGCAAAAGAGUUCCACCGCCUGUGUCUCCAAAGCCAAGCCCUCCUCCUACACUUCCUAAACCAAUCAAAAUGAAGCCCUUACCAACACACACACUUACCCCACCCAGUGACCUAAACACACACCCACACUCCUCUACCAUUCUCCCCGAGCAAGUGGAUCAUCCUAUACUCAGUCCAUCAACCCCGACCCCCCAAACCAGCAGAAUCUCACACUUUGUCCCCAUGACCUUUGACAUCUCCCGCUCAGAGCCCCCAAACCCCCCAAACUCCUUCUACCCCUGGGUGCGGAUCUGCCCCAGUCAAACCCCCGAGAUCUUCCAUGGCAGGGCUGUCAGUGGACAUUCCCAGCCCUUUUGAGGCAGAGCCACGAGAGGUGGAAAAACACAACGAGGAUGACGAGCAAAAGAGACAAAGGAAAGAGAUAGCAGUGAUUAAGGGGCAAGAGAUGGGAACUUCCAGCGAGGUCACAAAGCUGACAGAGGGAUCAGAGCAGGUGCUGAUGAGGCGGAGGAAAGUGGGUGUGGCCAGACAGAUGCAGAUCGAAGGAGACAUCGAAAGCACAACAGAACAUGGUGUUGUAACUGCAGAUGAAAUUCGACAGAGGGCGCCAAAUGUCAGCGGAACGGAUGAAGGCAGAAUUCAUGGAGAAGAAGAAAUAAACCAGCUAAGGCUGGACGAGACCAGUGCCUCCUUAGCUGCAGCACUGGAGGUUGUAGAGGAAAGGAUCAUGACCGAAGACAAGUAUUUUUUAAUUCAUCAUUAAAUAUUACAAUUAAUAAUUAUUAGUUGAUACUAAUUAAAAUGAAUAAAUAUUUUCAAAUCCCACCUUGUGUUUUAAAAGCACAGUCAACAUUCUUGAUGAUAUUGGAAGCAUGUUCGAUGACCUCGCUGACCAGUUGGAUGCCAUGCUGGAUUAAAAAAGAAAAAGAAAAAAAAAGCACAAAAUAAAUCGUAAACAGAAAAGCACAGCAUCGUCUUCAUCUGAGCGCCUGAUCUGUUUAAAGCCACGCUUCAAUGAAUAAACGAAUAAACACUGAUUAGUUGAUCUUAUCAAGGAUUUUUUUUUUUUUUUAAAAGGACCUACUGGAAGGCAGAGAUCUUGGGUUUAAAACGUUAAAUCCAUGAAACAUCGACAUCAACAUCGUUUGGUGAAGGUUUUGGAGCCAGGACGUACGGACUGUUCUCAUGCUGCUUCCAGAGAUAAGCACAAUUAAAUGCUAACAAACUAUUUAAACAUUGUUAAGGUCAAGAAAUGCUAGCAAUGUGUCAGAGUGUGUGUGUGUGUGUGUGUGUGUGUGUGUGUGUGUGUGUGUGUGUGUGUGUGUAUUUCUAUGUGUGUACUAUGUUUGGGCUUUCCUUCACUGGCGAUCGACAUUUGUGUAUUCAUUUUUCAAUAAUAAUUGGAAUCACCAUUUUUGUGCUUUAAUGUUGAGUUGGAUACCCAGCUACGACGUUUUCAAAGGGGAACACAGGACAAAAUUUUGGAGGGAAAAAAACCCCUGAUUGAUAUGUUAAGGAAUACGCUAAAAGUCGAGGAACAUUGCUAGCUAGCUGAAAUAUUUCACAAUAUUUAGCAAAUAUUAGCACAAUAUUUCAUCUUUUCAUCUGAAAGACUCUGUCUCUCUAAGAUCCUCUUUUUAUACCCAAUCAUCUCACUGACCUGAUCCCAAUUAACCUCCAGCUGUUUCUUUUUUAGUAACACUUACUUUUCCAGCCGUUUGUUGCCCCGUCCCAACUUUUUUGAGACGUGUUGUGGCCAUCAAAUUCAAAAUGACCUUCUUUUUUAUUUCUUAAAAUGGUACAUUUGCUCAGUUUAAACAGUUGAUAUAUUUUCUAUGUUCUAUUGUGAAUAAAAUAUGGGUUUAUGAGAUUUGCAAA